AUGAAAUGAAGGGCAAAUGAGUUCAUUCCAUUUCCACCAUCGGUCUAUCCUCAAGCUCUCUCUCUCAAACUAUAAGUUUCACCAGAAAUUUCCCUCUGCGUAAUAUUUUUCAGACUACUUUAGAGUUCUAGAAGCAAGGAGGCAAAUAAACAUAGCCACCCAAGCACCAUGAGAGCCAAGUGGAAGAAGAAUGCAUAGAAGGUUGAAGAGGAAGCACCAAAAGAUGAGGCAUCGAUCCAAGUAGUUCUGCUAUCAAUAAAUUGUCAUUUCUUGUCUAAUGGUAUGGAGUCUGGAUUGUUGCAAAUUUGAGCCUUCCAAGAUAUAUCCCAUACUGGAUUUGUAAAUAAAACGCCUCAUUUUUUUCUGUUGGUGAUGUCUUUGGUAUUUUUGUUGAGGAAAUUAUUGAUCGAUUCGAUUUGUUCUUCGUAAUUUGUCCAACAAUUUUCUACAAAUCCAAAGUUCAAGAAAAAUGCAUAGAUCGGCAUGAUAGAGCUUGCUGAGAGUGAGGAGAGAGAGAGCUUGAGGAGAGACUCGUUUGCUGAGAUUGAUGAGAGAGAACUGAAAUUAUAAUAUAAUUUUACAUUUGUAGCGUCUGAUUUCCAUUUCUCGUGGAACGGGAAACCAAAACUUGAGGUGGCAGAGCCAGCCGUAAGUUGACUCGGAAAAAUGGGGAUGGAAGAGCACGACGACUUGAUGGCCGAUGGAUCGGACUCUGCCGAGAGAAGAUCCCGAGGCCCGAGGCUGUUCAUCAAAGAGAUGGUCAUGAGGAACUUUAAAUCAUACGCCGGCGAACAACGCGUGGGCCCUUUCCAGGAGGACGUGAAGAAUGAAGCAGAAGCAUACAUGCCGAAAGAGUUGUCACUUUUGAAAUGGCAAGAGAAAGCCACUAAAUUGGCCCAUGAAGAUACUGAUACAAAUAUGGUUGAAUUACAAGCAAAUGUUUCCAGUUUAGAAGAAAAUCUGAAGACUGAAAGGGAGAAGGUACGAGAAAGUAAUAAAAUGUUGAAGGAGCUUGAAACUGUGCACAACAAGUACAUGAAGAGACUAAGAGGAACUUGAUAAUCAACUCAGAAGUUGUAAGGAAGAGUUUAAGGAGUUUGAACGCCAGGAUGUCAAAUAUCGGGAAGAUUUGAAGCACAUGAAGCAGAAGAUCAAGAAACUUGAGGAUAUACUGGAAAAGGAUUCAUCAAAGGCUGUUGACUUAGAAAAGGAGUGUGAAGACUCGGCAAAUCUGAUCCCUAAAUUUGAGGAAAAUAUUCCAAAACUGCAAAAGCUCUUGCUGGAUGAGGAGAAAGUUUGAGUAGGAAAUUAAAGAGAAUUCUAAAGAAUAAUUCCUCCCUUCUGUUCCCCAUCCAUUCUUCGGAAGAUUUCAGUAGGAAGUGAUCAUACGUUGAAAGCUAUCUAUUCUAACAACACAAUUUGACAAUCAAAAAGAAAAAAGAAAAACCAUUUUCUCAAACAGCAUAUACAGGAACUAUUUCCAUUUUUUUCCCAUGAGAUAGGAGCAUAGAACCAGUUGAAACCGAGAGGUAUUGUGCUGAGCUCGCAAAAUGGUAGCAUUGCUGGAAGCCCAACUGAAGGAGAUGAAUCCCAAUCUUGAUUCAAUCUCAGAGUGUGACUUUUUCUGUUAUUCUUUAUAUCCAUUUUAAAGUUGAGUUUACCUCUUCAGCACUACACUGCUAACAUCAUAUAACUGUUAGAUUUUGGAGAAAGGUUUUGUUAUAUAAUGACCGAGUUGAGGAACUAAACCAGGUCACUCAACAGCGUGAUAACAUAAAGAAGCAGUAUGAUGAAUGGAGGAAGAAGAGUAUCCUACAGAUUGGAUGAGUUCAUGGCAGGAUUCAAUGCAAUAUCUUUGAAGCUAAAGGAGAUGUAUCAGCUCCUCCAUUUGCAAUCAAUGAUCACACUCGGAGGCGAUGCAGAACUUGAGCUAGUGGACUCUUUGGAUCCUUUCUCUGAAGGUGUUGUUUUCAGUGUCAGACCACCAAAGAAGAGCUGGAAGAAUAUUGCAAAUUUAUCAGGUGCUGAAAAGACACUCAGCUCACUGGCCCUUGUUUUCGCACUUUAUCACUACAAGCCAACUCCGCUUUAUGUGAUGGAUGAAAUUGAUGCUGCUCUGGUUCCUUCCAUGUGCAGACUUCAAAAAUGUUUCUAUUGUUGGGCAUUAUGUGAAGGACAGGACAAAGGAUGCUCAGUUUAUAAUCUAAGCCUGAGAAAUAACAUGUUUGAAUUGGCCGAUCGACUCGUAGGUAUCUACAAGACUGAUAAUUGCACCAAGAGCAUUACAAUUAACCCAGGGAGUUUUGUAGUAUGCGAAAAGCUGCCUGAAGAUGAGUUUGGUUUUACUUUUACCGUCAUUCCUUGAUUAACGGUCCCCAUGUCAGGAUCCAAAAUUAUUUAUUCAAUUCUAUUCUAACCAGCUUACAGAUAUCAACUGCAUAUUUAAUUUUUGAACAAAUCGAUAUAUAUUAUGUAUGGCAGCUUUUCCUUUUAGGCACAAUUAGUGUAUGAAGCUGACUUGAAUCGACGCUAAAUAACAAAGUCCUGAACAUUGUCCAAACAAAAAUAGGUUUGCUGCCAGUAGUGCGCCUAUAAUAUCUUUGGUGGUGCCUUCUAAAGCUUGAAAUGGAGAGACAUGGUGUAUUUGAACUAUAUGUAAGUUUGUUGCUGGAGUUCCAUAAUAUCUCAUGGCCGUUUUACUU